CGAGAGCGUCUAAGACUUGGUGCAUGCAGUCGGAAGUCACUACAUCCACCGAUCCUUCUCCUUCUGUGCAGUACAAAAGACUCUGUUAGAAGUUUAGCUCCGAUCGUCAUUUUCUCUGUUGAAAAGAUGUCGGACGAGGAGUACGUGGUGGAGAAAGUCCUCGCUAAACGAAUUAAUAAUAACAAGGUGGAAUACUUCCUCAAAUGGAAAGGGUACGGCGACGAUGACAAUACCUGGGAACCACAGGAAAACUUGGAUUGUCAGGAACUGAUAGAAGCUUUCGAGCAAGAACAAAAGAAGGACACGGCAAAGAAAGACGUGAUCAAAGUCCGGAAGGCGGCACCGUCCCAAAGACUCCCCGUAAACGGUGGGGAAAAUUCAGGCAAGAAAACGCCACCGAAAGUACCGAGUGAAAGUUGUAAGCCCAAAGGGUUUGAUCGUGGUCUCGAACCUGAGAAGAUCAUUGGUGCUACGGACUCAUCAGGAGAACUGAUGUUUCUGUUGAAAUGGAAAGGCGUCGAUGAAGCCGAUCUGGUCUCGGCAGCUCAGGCCAACAUCAAAUGUCCUCAGGUCGUCAUCAAGUUCUACGAGGAGCGGCUGACCUGGGCUCCCCCCGGAGGCAAUCGUUAAUAUACAUACAUCCGCGGAUUGUUCGUGAAGAUAGCCAAUCAUUUCGCUCAUGAAAAUUAUUUUGACGUACCAAAACUGCACCAUGUGCUUAAGAGGAUCAUCUCCCCGGAACAUCUCUGACGUACGUCGGUUGUUGGAACUCAAGAAGAAAAGGUAUCGAUGAAUGUGGAAUAUCGAAAUCGUGUUCCGAGCGAGAUGGAGCGGCGGGUCGUUGCGUGGAUGCUCUCAGAAAAAUAACACACAAGUUCGGAUGGAAUCCAUAUGUCGAUUGAAACAUCAUGUAUAGCGACGGGGAAGGUUUCUCAAUAAAUUGUAAUUUUUGCAACUCCGUUAGCCGAUCACCUUGAGAGAAUUCCCGAGCAAAAUGUUCCCCCUUCUCAGUGUAUCUCGAUUUCAAACUUUGGAUACUGGAACUAAUCUCAACGUUUCGGCUGUAAUACGAUCAUAUAAACUUAACUUUCCGAUGGAUAGAAUGGAUGAAGAAUAAAUGUAAUGGAGACAUGGGAUCUCUUCCCUU